CUCGGCGAUGGCGGCGCGGAAGAAGCGCGGGCGGACGCGCGGUUGCUAAGUAGGGCACCGGAGGGGGGUGGAGGCAGUGGUGGGGCCGUCGCGGCGACUGCGCCAUGCAGGCUGGGCGCGGGGGGCCGGCCGGGGGCCGGCGCCGGGGGCGGUGCGCCCUGCUGCCCGCCACGGGCCCCGGGGCGCUAGGGCGCUGAGCAACAGUUGGCCCCGUCGCUGCCCAGCAUGAAAGUGUGCCGGCGGAAGGCUCUGGCGCUGUGCCUGGGAUACGCCGUCCUGCUGGUCCUCGCCGCUCUCAACCUGCUGGAAUACAAGUGGCGGCGGGGGCCGCGGCGCUGCGGGGAGCCCCCGACCGCCCCCCGCCACCGACCCCCGCCGCCCCCGCCGCCUCCGGCCGGGAGCCGUGGUCCGGCGGGCGCCCGGCGGCAGCUGGUGUAUGUCUUCACUACCUGGCGCUCGGGUUCAUCUUUCUUUGGGGAGCUCUUCAAUCAGAACCCCGAGGUCUUUUUCCUCUACGAGCCGGUGUGGCACGUCUGGCAGAAGCUGUACCCCGGGGACGCGGUCUCGCUGCAGGGGGCGGCCCGCGACAUGCUGAGCUCCCUGUAUCGCUGCGACCUCUCCGUCUUCCAGCUCUACAGUACGGCGGGUGCCGGCAAGAACCUCACCACGAUGGGCAUCUUUGGGGCGGCCACCAACAAGGUCAUUUGCUCCUCGCCCCUCUGCCCGGCCUACCGCAAGGAGGUGGUGGGCAUGGUGGAUGAUCGGGUGUGCAAGAAGUGUCCCCCGCAGCACCUCAGCCGCUUCCAGGAGGAAUGCUACAAGUAUCAUACGCUGGUCAUCAAGGGUGUCCGUGUCUUCGACCUGGCCGUGCUCGCCCCGCUCAUGCGGGAUCCGACCCUAGAUCUCAAAGUCAUCCACCUGGUGCGAGAUCCCCGGGCCGUUGCCAGCUCCCGCAUCAAGUCCCGGCAUGGACUCAUCCGGGAGAGCCUGCAGGUGGUGAGGAGCCGGGAUCCCCGCAUCCACCGCAUGCCAUUCCUUGAUGCGGGCCACAAGCUGGGUGUAAAGAAGGAGGGAGGGGGCAGCUCGGACUACCAUGCCCUGGGUGCCAUGGAGGUCAUCUGCAGCAGCAUGGCCAAGACCCUGCAGACUGCUUUGCACCCUCCUGACUGGCUCCAGGGCAACUACUUGGCUGUGCGCUAUGAGGACCUGGUGGUUGAACCCAUCAAGACCCUGCGGCAGGUAUAUGGGUUUGUCAACCUGUCAGUCAGCCCAGAGAUGGAGAAGUUUGCCCUCAACAUGACCAGUGGCCCUGGCUACUCCUCCAAGCCUUUUGUGGUGUCAGCCAGGAAUGCCACUCAGGCACUGAGUGCCUGGAGGACUGCGCUCAGCUACCAGCAGAUCAAGCAGGUUGAGGAGUACUGCCACCAACCCAUGGCGCUUCUAGGCUACGAGAAGGUCAGCAGCCCUGAAGAGGUGAAGGAUCUCAGCAGAACGUUGCUCAGGAAGCCACGGCUGUGAUGGGGCAGCUGGUGCCCACUGACCACCCUCAGGAGUGGCUGAGCCUUGCCAGGGAGAGGAGCCACUCCUGCUGGCUUGAGUGAGGGACGGAUGUGGGAAAACCAGCCUGGUUUUCAGUUUGCUCCAAAGACUGCUGAAGGGUAACAAACAGUACUGUGAUUUC